GAUUUAAAUUUUAUGCGCAUUUGUCAUUAAAUAUUAAUAUUACGCCAGCCAGCUGGUGGUGAAUGUCGUAAAUAAACGUAACAAGUUGGCAAAACAACAACGUAACAAGUUUAACAUAAUUGCUCUGCAAACUGUACAGUUUGAGAGCUUAAUUAUACAUAUAUACAAAAAAUAUUAUUGAAAACUGUUUUUAAAUACAUUACAUGAUAAGAAUUAUAAAAGUGACUUAUUGUUAAAGCAUUAAAAAAGAUUACAUUCUUUAUUUCUCAAGAAGUAUUGAUUGGAAAUUAGAAAGUCUGAUUAGACUGAUUAGAAGCUUUGAUAGCUUUAUAAAAUCGUAGAUAUCGCCCAAUCGUCAUAUUUGUUUUGCUUCUCUGCAUUAUCUGGUAUGUCAUAGUAUUACUUAUAAAAGAUAGCAGCUAUUUAACGGUUACCUGCAACUUAUUAACAUUUUCUUGUGUUUAUCUAAAAUGUAAUCAAUUCGAAUUCGUUUGGUUACUUUGGUAUUUUUUUUUUUAAUUGAUUUACAAAUCAUUUUUAGUUAUUUUUCUUAAUAUUUUUAAGCUAGUUCAAUUUCAUUUGAUAUAUAAUACAUAUUUUUGUCCUCAUCCUUAUCUAACUUACUUCAGCUGUAUAAAUCGCUAUGAUAAGAGCCAAGUUAACUUCUUAACAAAGGGUAAGUUAAAUUUUUCACUGCAGUUGACUUUCAUAAGUUAAAUAGGAAAGUUGGUAAAGUAAACAUUUAAUAUGGCCGACAGUCAAUAGUAAGUUAAAAUUUUCUAUGAAAAUCACUUGUGUAAAACCUUUUUCAAGUUCAAAGCGAGGAAAACAGCUCCUGAAAUCGGGACUUUUCUCAGAUAUAUGCAUUCGCAUUGAAGGCACCAGCUUUCGUUGCCACAAAAUCAUCUUGGCCUGCGCCUCAGAAUUCUUUGAAAAACUAUUCCAAAAUGAUGGCCUAACAACGGGUGAAGUUACAUUGGAGGAAACAACGCCGGAGAUUUUUCAAAUAUUUCUGGAUUUUAUAUACGAUCCGGUGGACAACCAGGCCUUAGAAAGUCUAAGCCCAGAAGUCCUAAUGUCCCUUAUGAAGUGUGCAAAUAUGUGGCUAGCAGAGGAUUUUGUCGAUAAAUGUGCUAGUAUCCUAAUAAGCCAAAGGGAACAUAUGCAACCGGAAACAUUAAUAAGCCUUUUUGCGGUGUCUUAUGAAAUGGAUCAUAAGCCAUUAAUGGUCCAGACCAUUGAGAUCUUGAAAGAUUCUUGGCGCAGUGCCAUGGACGAUCGGGCUACUGUGAAAAUGAAUAUCGGCUGUUUUGUGGAAUAUUUUGAAAAUACCUAUAACGUAUUUCGGCCGCGUAGGCGUUUUAAAAUGAUAGAAAACUGGGUAAAGGAAAACAAUUAUGUUAGAAAUUCGCCAUUGGAUUGGAAGGCAAUUACUGAAAUUGUGAAAAGUAUUCAAUUUCAGGAAUUAUCGGUGGAGGAGUUCUACAAUGGUCCAGGAAAAUCGAAUAUUUUAUCAGAUUCGGAAAAGUUUGAAAUUUUGUAUAGAGUUGCACGGGCAGGAUGCCAUUGUAUGAGUACUGUUAAGUCAGAUCUAAUGCUCGCUGAUGCUGAAGAUAAAUAA